UGCGCUCGGUACUGCCACUUGUGGCCAAGAGCGGUACUGCAACAACACUGAGGUAGCAGCAUAGAGCAUACUGCUGUCUUGCCCCCCUCUCUCUCUCUCAGCUCACCUGUGUUCCACAAGCUUCUGCAACCUACAAUAACCGGGAUUCUCAUUAAGACACUAGUAAAAUGGCCUCAGCACAUGACAGAGCUAUACUCCAGGCUAUAUUCAACCCCACCACCCCCUUUGGAGACAUCCCUGGCCUGAACCAAGAGGAGGAAUUAAUUGAUGAUGACAGUGGCUUUGACACAGAGUUGCUGAAGCAAGUGAAAGAGUUGGAGAUGUGUGGUGUUUCGGCAGCAGAGGCUGGGGAUUUGCAAGCUGCACUUCAGCUGUUCAGCCAGGCAAUCCAGAUCCUGCCUCAGCGAGCCUCAGCCUAUAACAACCGGGCACAGGCCCUGCGGCUGCAGGGGAACACAGCAGGAGCCCUGGAGGACCUGGACCAAGCCAUCUCCCUGAGCGGCGGCGCUGGACGAACCGCCAGCCAGGCACUGGUGCAAAGAGGCCUUCUACGUAGAUUAGCGUGCCAGGAUGACGGCGCCAGAGCAGACUUCGAGAAAGCAGCUGCACUCGGAAGUGAAUUCGCGCGACGGCAGGCUGUGGUUCUUAAUCCAUACUCAGCCCUGUGCAACAAAAUGCUGUCAGAGGUCAUCAACAAACUACGUAACCCUGAAGUGUCUGAGAUGCAGUAGUUAACGUUGACAAUUUGUCACUCAUACGCCUUUUCUGUUAUGAAGUCAUUGGUUAAUAAAAGAGUAUUUUUA